UCGCCGACAUGCGAGGAACCAGCAUCAUGGAUGGAGCACCCAAGCACCGCCAGAGGCUGUUGGCCAGGGCCCUUUACGACAACCACCCUGACUGCUCGGACGAGCUGGCUUUCUCCAGAGGGGACAUCCUGACCAUCCUGGAGCAAGACAUGCCGGAAAGCGAGGGCUGGUGGCGGUGCCUGCUCCAUGGGAGGCAGGGCCUGGCCCCCGCCAACCGCCUGCAAAUCCUCCCCGAGGCCCCAGCGGACAGGCUCUGCCCCCCACUCCCCAGAGGCACGGACGAAGCCCUCGAGAGCUCCGAGACCUACCAGGUGCCCAGCCUGCUCCACCCUCUGCCCGAAGGACCCGUGUACGAGCAGAUGAAGGGCUGGGUGGAGGGGCCACUGCCACUCACUGACCAAGUCUAUGAAUUCCCUGACCCGCCUACAAGCGCCAGAAUCAUCUGUGAAAAGACUCUAAGCUUCCCGAGACAGGCCCUCUUCACGCUUCCCAGCCCGGCGUGGGCCUCGCUGCCAGUGCUGCCAUCCCAGGUGUAUGAUGUGCCUGCCCGGAGCCGCGUCUUCCCUGCCCGGAAGGAGCCAGAGAAGCAGCAGUUAUACGACAUCCUGCCCAGCCCCCAAAAGGCAGGGUGGUGUCACCCGGCCAGCCAAGCCCAUGAGCCGAGCGCUCCCCUGACACCAACGAUUGCCUUACAAAGCGGCGGCUCCCACUCGUUACCAAGCCCUCGGAAGUCGGAAUGGGUUUACGACAACGUGGUGUCCCCAGGAAAGGCCGGCGACAGAAACCCACCGCUAAGGAGCCUGGUGGAAGAGCCAGGCCCUCGUGUCACCCCCGGGCCUGCAGGCUGCAGAGCCAGGUCCCUCCCUCCACAGCCGUAUGGCAUGGAGAAAAAGCUCAGUCUCCCUGAAGUUCCUCCUCCAGACUCGAGCCCCUGUGGGAAAGGUGCUGGCUACCAGGUGCCUCCCAGCUUCCUGAGCCCGCGAGUGGCGCAGCAGAACACCAAGCCCAACAUUUACGACAUCCCCAAAGCGAUGCCGGGAGCACAGCAGGCCGAGAAAGAGCUGGGGGGAGCCAAAGAGGCUCCGGAGGCCCCCCUGGGCCAGAAGGCCACCUGGAUCUCCAGGUGGGCCCCGAGCCCGCCUCCUGAGACCGACAGGCGCUCCAUCGCCAGCGCCGACAGCAGAGCUAGUGUCGUCUCCUCCUGCUCCUCCAUGUCCACGGACUCCUCCGCCGGCUCUUCUUCGGAAGAGCCAGCGAGGGAGCUGCCCUUGGACCUGGACUUGGCCAGAGAGACCGUCAUGGCGCUGCAGCACAAGGUGGUCAGCUCCACGGCCGGCCUGAUGCUCUUUGUGAGCAGGAAGUGGAGGUUCAGGGACUACCUGGAGGCCAACAUCGGGGCCAUCCGCAGGGCCGCCGAGCACACAGAAGCGUCUUUGAGAGAAUUUCUCGAGUUUGCCCGAGAAGUCUGCGGGAUGGCCUGCAGCCUCACGGACAGUAACCUUCAUGCCAGAAUUCGGGAGCAGCUGCAGACGGUCUCCAGCUCCUAUCAGAUCCUGCUAGAAGCCAAGGGAAGCUUGGACAGCUGCGAUUGGUCCCUGGACGUUCUGGUAACAGACAAAGUCCAGAAUAGCCUGGAUGACUUGGAGAGAUUUGUCAUGGUGGCGCGGAUGGUUCCGGAAGACAUCAAGAGGUUUGCCUCCAUGGUCAUUGCCAAUGGGAGGCUCCUUUUUAAGCAGAACUGUAAAAAGGUGGAGACCACGCAACUGACCACAAAUGCAGAAUUUAACUGUGAAAAAUGCAUCCAGCUUCCGCAGAGAGAAAUUGACUCAUACCAGAGGAGCCUUCCUUUUAAUGAGCCAAGGGAAAAUGAACACUGCCCUGACCUAUUGGAAAAGGACGGGAGACAGGACUGUGGGCAGGGUCCUGGCUCUCUUUCUCCCCAGCCUCCGAGCGAGCGGGACCCCUGCAAGAAGCUCCACCUCUCUGAACACUGCCGGCUGUAUUUCGGGGCGCUCUUCAAGGCCCUGGGUGUGUUUCACAGCAGCCUUAGCCACAGCCCCCCGCCCGAGACCUUCAUCACGCAGAGCAAGCUCAUCGUCAUGGCAGGGCAGAAGCUGGUGGACGCGCUGUGCAGGGAGACCCAGGAGAAGGACGUACGCAACGAGGUGCUCCGUGGCAGCAGCCGCCUCUGCGGCCUGCUCAAGGACCUGGCCCUGGCCACCAAGCACGCCGUGCUCAAGUACCCGAGCCCCGCAGCCCUGGGCCGCCUGCGGGCCGAGGCCGAGAGGCUGGAGCAGCACACGCGGCAGUUCAGAGGGACGCUGGAGUGA